AUGGGUUUCAAUAAUCAAACCUUGAAGCAGUUCUUCGCUUUUCUUCUCAUCCUUUUCGCCUUCUUCCUCAUCUCCUCUUCUUUUCCUGCCUCUUGCAAUGAAAUCCUACCCAAGAUUAAUACCCAUGAUCCUUCCAACCAACCAGCUGCGGCGUACCGAGUGUUGCGCGUCAAGAACACGACACCCGUCUUCUUGAACAAACCAGAAUUCGACAAGAAGAGAAAGAGGAAGAUGAUGAAACGGAGAAAGUUCAACAAGAACAACUUCAAAACCAGGCCUUUCUUUGUCAUGCUUCCCAAGGGUUUUGUCCCUCCUUCCGGUUCAUCUCCAUGCCACAAUGACAAGCCUGACUCUUCGGUUGCCCAUGAUCUUAUCUGCGGUCCCUCCACUACUACAGCAAAACCCUAG